UUUAUUUUGUCCUACGUGGGCUUCAGUACAGCCCCCGCUUAAAUCACGUGACAAGAAGUGCUCCACGUGACUAUACAAACCUCGAGACCAACCUGCCUUCAACUCUAACAAACAACGUGUGUUUUUAGCAGCGAGCCAUCACCAUGAGGCUGGUCAUUCUGGACGACUAUGACCUGGCCAGCGAGUGGGCAGCAAAAUACAUCCGCAACCGAAUCAUCCAGUUCAAGCCCACCGCGGAGAGGUGCUUCACUCUGGGCUUACCGACAGGGAGCACUCCCUACUCCUGCUACCAGAAGUUAAUCGAAUACUAUAGAAGUGGAGACAUCUCAUUCAAAUAUGUGAAGACCUUCAACAUGGAUGAAUAUGUAGGUCUACCUCGUGCUCAUCCCGAGAGCUACCACUCCUACAUGUGGAACAACUUCUUCAAGCACAUCGACAUCGAUCCGGCCAACGUUCACAUUCUGGAUGGAAACGCUGAGGACCUGGAGGCCGAGUGUCAGGCCUACGAGGACAAGAUCGCCGAGGCUGGAGGAAUCGAGAUGUUCGUAGGAGGAAUUGGCCCUGAUGGUCACAUAGCGUUCAACGAGCCCGGCUCCAGCCUCGUUUCCAGGACCCGAGUGAAAACCCUGGCAAAAGACACCAUCGUGGCCAACGCUCGUUUCUUUGGCAACGACCUCUCCAAGGUUCCCAGCAUGGCCCUCACUGUGGGCGUCGGAACAGUCAUGAACGCCAAGGAGGUGGUGAUUCUGAUAACAGGAGCUCACAAAGCCUUCGCUCUGUAUAAAGCCAUCGAGGAAGGAGUGAACCACAUGUGGACUGUAUCGGCGUUCCAGCAGCACCCGCGCACUAUCUUCGUCUGCGAUGAGGAUGCCACCCUUGAACUACGAGUCAAAACGGUCAAAUACUUCAAAGGUUUAAUGCAUGUUCAUAACAGACUGGUGGACCCAGAGCUCAGCAUAAAGGACCAGUGAAGAUGAUGGGUGCCUUAUUGUUCUGGUACUGUACCUGGCCAGGUGUUUGAGGGCCCCCCCCCUGGCCGGUGCAUUUAGUUUAUGGAUAAUGUCAACAGAUAAUGAAUGAGAGUCAAACGAUAAAAGGACUUACUCCCUCUGAUGGUCUUCGUGUAUCAGUUUCCAUAGAAAGGGAUAGCACUCGUUCACUUGAUCUAGUGACUGCUGGUUGGCAUUACGACAGUUAAUGUGAAGCCUUCCUUGUGAAGGAAACAGGACAGUAUAUAUCUGAUAUAUUGUUUUUUUUUCAUGUGCUUGUUACUGAUUCUACGGAUGAAUAUGUGAGAUACUAAUACUGCGUACACACAAAUGAAGUGACCUUUGACUUUAUUCAAGCGGUUGCUUUUAUAUAGUUUUGCAUAAACACACAAGUCACAGUCCAGCACCAAUCAGAAUUGUCCGAGGACAAUCCCAACUCCCAGUCUGCCUGGGCGAGUCACCACACCCUUUAACUGCAUCUGGGGGUCUUCACUGGGGAGUUUUCUAAUAUAUAUAUAUUUUAUUUCAAAUGCCAUUUAAUGAUGUGUAUUUUUCUGGAAGUAGAAUAUCAGCUCCACUGCUGCAGUGCGACCAGUAUUGUAAUGUUUAGUGUUUCGCUAGUAGACCAAGUACGUGAUGACAUUUAAUUUUGCUGUAGCAUCUGGUUUCAUGAUUCAUCUAUUCAAGGCCUCGAUGUGUAGUCUGUAUCCUUCAGCAGCCUUUCCUUCGAGAGUCAUUGUGUGAUUUAAUUUGCAUCUUUACAAUUACAACAUUCUCUUGUUUUCAACCUUUUAUUCAUGUUACAGUUAUAAUAUCUGGUUGGUGUUUGUGCACACUGUUAGUUUUUUUACUCUUUACUUUCUAACGACAAUAAAAUGUUUGCAAACAAA